AUGCUUCCACGGGAACCGUACAAGGGCUUAACGCGAAAGUUAGUACUUGCAUUUGAUGUCGGGACCACGUUCAGUGGGGUCUCGUAUUGUAUGCUAUACCCAGGGGAGGUGCCUGUAAUUCGAGGAGUAAGUAGAUAUCCUGGACAAGAGCAUAUCGGAGGUGACUCCAAAGUACCAUCAAUUCUCUACUAUGAUCUUCAGGGAAACGUCCGCGCCGUUGGUGCUGAGGCUCUACAAGAGUAUAUAAUCGAACAGGCGGAAAACGAGGGAUGGGUGAAGCUUGAAUGGUGGAAACUUCAUCUUCGCGCUAACCAUCUGGCAUCGUCUCACAUAUGGCAGGAUAAUAUACCAUCUCUCCCACGGGGCAAAUCCGCAGUAGAAGUCCUCGCCGACUUCAUACGCUACCUCUUCCAAUGCGCUCGGACUUACAUCCAGGAAUCACAUUUGAAUUUCUGGAGAUCGGUCGAGAACCCUAUCGAAUUCGUGUUCACACAUCCGAACGGUUGGGAAGGCCAACAGCAACAACAAAUCAGACGUGCUGUCGAACUCGGGGGUCUCAUCUCAUCUGAGGACGAGCAAUCUCACGUGCACCUCUUGACUGAGGGCGAAGCGAGUCUUCAUUUCUGUGUUAUCGGCGCGGUUGCAUCGCAUAAAUUCUCUAAAACUCCUAUAGAGGGAGUCGUUCUUAUUGACGCCGGAGGUGGAACCAUCGAUCUCAGCGCCUACUCGAUGAAGUUAUCUCCGACCUCGUUCGAGGAGAUUGCCCCAGCUGAAUGUUGCCUGCAGGGCUCAGUCUUUGUUACCGACCGCGCUCGUACUCUUUUACAAAAGAAACUUUCGGGCUCCUACUACUCCAAUUUUGAUAUCAUCGCACAAAUGACGCGUAUCUUCGACACCACCACGAGACUUCGGUUCCGUACGCCUGAUGAACCAUCUUACAUCAAGUUUGGUACCUUGUAUGACAGGGAUCUAAAGUACGAUAUUCGAUGUGGGCAAUUGAAAUUGGCUGGGUUCGAUGUCGCGGACUUGUUUGAACCAUCAAUCAAAGCUAUCAUCGAGGCAUUUGAGCGGCAGAGACGCGUGGCUUCGACUCCAAUCAAUUUGGUUUGCUUGAUCGGCAGUUUCGCCGCCAGUGACUGGCUAUUUGUGAAACUCCAGGAAUACUUUGUACCCCUAGGCAUCAGCUUCUAUCGCCCUGAUGCCCAUGUCAACAAGGCUAUUGCUGAUGGGGCAGUUUCUUUCUUGGUUGAUCGCCUUGUCUCCUCUCGAUUUUCACGCACCACUCAUGGCAUUGAAUGCCGCAAUCAGUUCGGGUGCCACACCAAUCGCAUCCCAGCUAAAGUGCUUUCCCUCUUACACAUGUUUUAUGUUUCCCAAUCACAUCCCAGCUAA